AUGGCUAGGUCUACCUUUGUAUCAGAGCUCCGAACUUCCAGUCUAGGUCCCAAGCAGUACUACGAGCUGUACAUGGCCGUGUUCGAUGCUCUGCGCCAUCUUUCGGUCUACCUGCGAGAGAGUCAUCCGGUCAAUCACCUAGCCGACUUGUAUGAGCUUGUGCAAUAUGCCGGGAACAUUAUUCCCCGACUGUAUCUUAUGAUUACAGUAGGUACUGUCUAUAUGGCAAUUGAAGACGCCCCAGUGAAGGAGAUCAUGAAGGACAUGAUGGAGAUGAGUCGAGGCGUUCAACACCCUGUGCGCGGAUUGUUCUUGAGAUAUUAUCUAUCUGGCCAGGCAAGAGACUAUCUACCGGAAGGGAAAGGAGACGGCCCAGAAGGAAACAUCCAAGACUCCGUCAACUUUAUUUUGACCAACUUCGUGGAGAUGAAUAAGCUAUGGGUUCGGCUACAGCACCAAGGACAUUCUCGUGAACGCGAGAGGCGAACACAAGAGCGACGGGAGCUGGAGCUGCUGGUCGGAAGCAAUAUUGUUCGCUUGAGUCAGCUAGUAGACUUGGAGGCCUACAAAUCCACAAUUUUGCCCCCUUUACUGGAGCAAGUGGUUCAAUGCCGCGAUGUCCUGGCGCAAGAGUAUUUACUUGAAGUGAUUACGAAGGUCUUCCCCGAUGAGUAUCACCUCCAUACUUUGGACUUGCUGCUCUCUAGCAUUGCUCGAUUGAAUCCACAUGUCGACAUGAAAAAGAUCGUCAUUGGCCUUAUGGACCGUCUAUCUUCGUAUGCUGUGAGAGAUGCGGACCAAGCUGACGAUCCUGUGAAAAAGAAGGAGCACGAAGAAGAAGCAGUGGCUGAAUUGCUGGAGCAAUUCAAACUCUCGGAGGGAAAGAAGGCUGAAGAAACCACGACAGAGCAAAGACGAGAAAACGGUGCCAAGCCCGAAGAAGAAGAAAACAAACAAUCAGAGGAAACAGAAACAAAUGGACUGAAGCUGACAACCGAUAUCAAACUUUACGAAAUAUUCUACGAACAAGUUGUGAAUUUGAUUAAGACAAGGGGUCUGCCGAUUCAAGACACGAUCGCCUUACUGGUAUCUUUAGCAAAUCUCGCUCUUAGAAAUAUCUAUCCUGAACGACUACAAUAUGUUGAUCAGGUUUUAGAAUAUGCCACCCAGAAGACAGCGGAACAUGCGGAUCAGGCGGAUCUACACUCUGCGCCGGCUCAGCAGAACCUUUUGAACCUCCUUCUCGCACCACUGAACUCAUAUGUAUCUAUUUUCACAGCCCUCGCAUUGCCCCAUUACAUCUCCCUCCUCACUUCACAAACCUACCCAACCCGACGAGCUGUUGCAACCGAAGUCAUUCGCACGCUGCUUAGCAACAAGACAGCUAUUUCGAAUUCAGAUAACUUGGACCGCGUUCUUCAAGUCCUCAAAGUAUUAAUCAAGGAAGGCGUCCCUCAUCCUGCAGGCUUCCCUGGGGUUCAUCCGCAGCGACGUGGAGAGACCGACGAGACCAUUGAGGAGCAGGGCUGGUUGGCGAGACUGGUGCAUCUCAUCCAGGGUCCUGAUAAUGACACGCAACUUAAGCUCUUGCAAGCUACUAGAACCGCAUACUCGGAUGGAAACGAGCGUAUAAGGUAUACGACGCCAGCUAUUGUCACGUCAUCGUUGAAAUUAGCACGAAAGCUCAAAGCUCGCGAACAUUAUGAGGACAAUUGGCAGUCUCAAUCAUCGACAUUACAUCGAUUUAUGCAUCAAUGCAUUAGCAAUCUAUACCAGAGAGUCAACACUCCUGGCUGUGCCGACCUAUCGCUGCGCCUUUUCGUGAUGUGCGGCGAAGUAGCCGAUCAAACAGGAUUCGAAGAAGUCAGUUACGAGUUUUUCGCUCAAGCAUUCACCAUCUACGAAGACGCUAUCAGCGAUUCUCGAGCGCAAUUCCAGGCAGUGUGCAUUAUUGCCAGCGCUCUUCAUAAUUCACGUGGCUUUUCAAAGGAAAACUACGACACUCUCAUCACCAAAGCUGCCUUACAUGGAAGCAAGCUUCUGAAGAAGCCAGAUCAAUGUCGCGCUGUUUACUUGGCCAGUCACUUAUGGUGGGUAGUGGAGAAUUCGCAAAGGGAGGAAGAUCCAAAGAAUCUAUACCGCGAUGGCAAACGCGUUCUUGAGUGCCUACAACGUGCUCUGCGCGUCGCCGAUGCCUGCAUGGACACUGCUGUGUCAGUGGAGCUUUUCGUUGAGAUACUCAAUCGAUAUGUCUAUUAUUUCGACCAGCAGAAUGAAACUGUGACCACCAAGUAUCUGAAUGGGCUUAUCGAGCUGAUUCAUUCUAAUCUACAGACCAAUGACGGGGAGGAAAACCCAAGCCUCGAGAAUCCAAAACGUCACUUUCAGCGCACUCUUGACUACAUCCGGACGAGAGACUACGAGGGCGUUGUGACGGAGGCAAGGCAGUAG